GAGAUUAUAUACGCGCUUUUCUAAAAUAAACAACUUGCAACAAAACCGCGGUUAAAACCAACGCGUUCAAGCGAUUCGUGUAACUGACGUCAUCAACCCGUGUGUCAUCUUGAACCAUAUUAUAACCACGGCACAUAACACAGAAAUUUUGGUUAUUCGCUUGGAUUUGAUUUUUGUUAUUAAAAACAAAACGCCACAAACAAGAUUUACUAGAUUUAUACUCGAUUCAUUAUUGCCAACGUAGCAGACUGACACAAAAAUGUCGCUUGCUGAUCAGCGGUUCACCUGAGUAGACGUCAAAGCGUGAUGGAUAGUCGUGAAAUAGGGUAUGUUUUGUGCUGUCACACUCUGUCACAGCUUGUGUCAUCAUUUCAGGUUAAGUUUGUGGGAUUUAAAUUCGACUUGGAUUUUUCGUUGUGGGUUUUCUAAAUAUUGAGUGAACCUUUGGUAUGUUGCAUUGAACUAAAUUAUUAACAUGUUACGCAAAAUUGGACAGUUCAUUUCAUACAGACAAUAUUGCAAAACUACCCACAAAGAGCCUGUACUAGAGCUCCUGGAUCGUACUGUUAUCAGAUUAUCUGGUGAAGGAGUCGCUGAUUACUUGCAAGGCCUAAUUACAAACGAUAUAAGCCAUUUAUCAAAAAGUCCUACAGGCUCUUUAUAUGCUAUGCUUCUGAACACCAAAGGAAGAGUGCUAUAUGACACAAUUGUAUACAAAACCUCAGACAAAGUUUUCCUAGUAGAAUGUGAAAAAUCAGCUGUAGAUUCUGUUCUGAGACAUUUAAAAAUGUAUAAAGUUAGACGAAAAAUUGAUAUUGAUAAUUUGCAAGAUGUGUAUAAUGUACAUGCCUUAGUAAAUACUGGAGGAAGCAUAAAGAGUAAUGUAUCUGAAAAAGAUGUACAUAUUUUUAAGGACCCUAGAGUACAAGAACUUGGAUAUCGAGUUAUAUCUGAAAACAGUAUCAGUGUCAAUGAUUCCAUAUUCAAACUUUACAAUUGCAGUGUUUCAGAGCAAAAAGGAUUUUAUAGAUAUCAUCGCUAUAAUUUAGGUAUUGGCGAAGGAACGCAAGAUCACCCACCUGGUAACUCACUUCCACUAGAAUGCAACUGUGACUAUUUACAUGGGAUAAGUUUCCACAAAGGAUGCUACAUAGGCCAAGAAUUAACAGCUAGAACUCACCAUACAGGAGUUGUGAGAAAAAGGCUGAUGCCACUUUGUUUUUCUAAAGUUCCAUCUGAAUACCCAAAAGAAGAUGCAAUAAUACAUGAAACAAAAAACCUUGGUAAACUAAGGGGUAUAGAAGGUGAUGUUGGACUAGGUCUGCUAAGGAUUGAACAGACUUCGAAGCUUGAACAGAUUCCUGUAGGAGAUGGAUUAGCAAAAGUUAAGAAGCCUCACUGGUGGCCAAUAGAAGCUGUUAAAAAUAAGGCAUUGUUGCAAAGAUAAUGCACUAGACUCAAAUUAGUCAACAUAGCACAACUAUGGAUCAAGGAUCUGAGAAGCCUGAGCAAAGUAUAAAAGAGGAAGGAAAUGCAUAUUUGAAGGAAGAUGAUCACAAAAUUGAAGUUGAUAGAUAUUUUAGUUGCAGUAACUGCUCUAUAAACUUAAAAUAUGAUUAUUUUGGUCAAAACCCUACAUAUAUGAAAAAUUAUCUAUUGACAGAAGAUUGUUAUGUGAUAGCAGAUCCAUUCUCCCCACCAAAACAAGGUGGUGCAAUUAUACUGGGUUCCCAUUGCACUUUAUGCAAAAAGAGUAUAUGUAAAGAUGCAACAUGUAGUAUCUAUUUUGAUAGAACGUUUUGUAUAACAUGCGCCAAAAAGCAGAUAAGUGUGUUCCCUGUAACAAUACAAGAUAAAAUUAAUAAAAUUGUUCCAUAAAAGUA